GAAUUCUCGGCCGCACGCCCUACGCCCCGCCCCUCGGAGAACGGCGCCGAGAUUCCGACCAAUGAGCUUUAUGUUAAGCGCCGCCUACUGGCCGGCAGCCCCGCCCCUUGGCCGGCGGAGACGCGCUAUUUGCGUUCUGGUGUGGGGCCCGCGCUUAAAGGGACCGCAACGUGCGCGCGCGAGGACUCGGCGAGCCUUGAGGUGGACCCAGGAGGUCAACAGGAGGAAUCUAUAAGUCUUGAGGUGGACCCAGGACGUCAGCAGGAGGAAUCGCCGAGCCUUGAGGUGGACCCAGGAGGUCAGCAGGAGGAAUCGGUGAGCCUUGAGAUGGGCCCAGGGGGUCAGCAGAAGGAAUCGGUGAGCCUUGAGGUGGAGCCAGGAGGUCAGCAGGAGGAAUCGGUGAGCCUUGAGGUGGACCCAGGACGUCAGGAGGAAUCGCUGAGCCUUGAGGUGGAACAAGGAGGUCAGCAGGAGGAAUCGGUGAGCCUUGAGGUGGGCCCAGGGGGUCAGCAGGAGGAAUCGGUGAGCCUUGAGGUGGAUCCAGGAGGUCAGCAGGGGGAAUCGGUGAGCCUUGAGGUGGACCCAGGAGGAGGUCAGCAGGAGGAAUCAGUGAGCCUUGAGGUGGAUCCAGGUGGUCAGCAGGAGGAGUUGGCGAGCCUUGAGGUGGACCCAGGAGGUCAGCAGGGGGAAUCGGUGAGCCUUGAGGUGGACCCAGGGGGUCAGCAGGAGCAGUUGUCGAGCCUUGAGGAGGUCAGCAGGAGGAGUUGGCGAGCCUUGAGGUGGACCCAGGAGGUCAGCAAGGGGAAUCGGCGAGCCUUGAGGUGGACCCAGGAGGUCCGCAGGAGGAAUGAGGAAUCCGUGAGCCUUGAGGUGGACCCAGGAGGUCAGCAGGAGGAAUUAGUGAGCCUUGAGGUGGACCCAGGAGGUCAGCAAGAGGAAUCAGUGAGCCUUGAGGUGGACCCGGGAGGUCAGCAGGAGGAAUUAGUGAGCCUUGAGGUGGACCCAGGAGGUCAGCAAGAGGAAUCAGUGAGCCUUGAGGUGGAACAAGGAGGAGGUCAGCAGGAGGAGUUGGCGAGCCUUGAGGUGGAUCGAGGAGGUCAGCAGGAGGAAUCAGUGAGCCUUGAGGUGGAUCCAGGUGGUCAGCAGGAGGAGUUGGCGAGCCUUGAGGUGGAUCGAGGAGGUCAGCAGGAGGAAUUAGUGAGCCCUGACGUGGAUCCAGGAGGUCAGCAGGAGGUAUUAGUGAGCCUUGAGGUGGAUCCAGGAGGUCGGCAGGAGGAGUUGGCGAGCCUUGAGGUGGAACCAGGAGGUCAGCAUGGGGAAUCGGCGAGCCUUGAGGUGGACCCAGGAGGAGGUCAGCAGGAGGACUCGGCGAGCCUUGAGGUGGACCCAGGAGGUCAACAGGAGGAAUCUAUAAGUCUUGAGGUGGACCCAGGACGUCAGCAGGAGGAAUCGCCGAGCCUUGAGGUGGACCCAGGAGGUCAGCAGGAGGAAUCGCCGAGCCUUGAGGUGGACCCAGGACGUCAGCAGGAGGAAUCGCCGAGCCUUGAGGUGGACCCAGGAGGUCAGCUGGAGGAAUCGGUGAGCCUUGAGAUGGGCCCAGUGGGUCAGCAGAAGGAAUCGGUGAGCCUUGAGGUGGAGCCAGGAGGUCAGCAGGAGGAAUCGGUGAGCCUUGAGGUGGACCCAGGACGUCAGCAGGAGGAAUCGCCGAGCCUUGAGGUGGACCCAGGAGGAGGUCAGCAGGAGGAAUCGGUGAGCCUUGAGGUGGACCCAGGACGUCAGGAGGAAUCGCUGAGCCUUGAGGUGGAACAAGGAGGUCAGCAGGAGGAAUCGGUGAGCCUUGAGGUGGGCCCAGGGGGUCAGCAGGAGGAAUCGGUGAGCCUUGAGGUGGAUCCAGGAGGUCAGCAGGGGGAAUCGGUGAGCCUUGAGGUGGACCCAGGAGGAGGUCAGCAGGAGGAAUCGGUGAGCCUUGAGGUGGACCCAGGACGUCAGCAGGAGGAAUCGCCGAGCCUUGAGGUGGACCCAGGAGGUCAGCUGGAGGAAUCGGUGAGCCUUGAGAUGGGCCCAGUGGGUCAGCAGAAGGAAUCGGUGAGCCUUGAGGUGGAGCCAGGAGGUCAGCAGGAGGAAUCGGUGAGCCUUGAGGUGGACCCAGGACGUCAGGAGGAAUCGCUGAGCCUUGAGGUGGAACAAGGAGGUCAGCAGGAGGAAUCGGUGAGCCUUGAGGUGGGCCCAGGGGGUCAGCAGGAGGAAUCGGUGAGCCUUGAGGUGGAUCCAGGAGGUCAGCAGGGGGAAUCGGUGAGCCUUGAGGUGGACCCAGGAGGUCAGCAGGAGGAAUCAGAGGAGUUGGCGAGCCUUGAGGUGGACCGAGGAGGUCAGCAGGAGGAAUUAGUCAGCCUUGAGGUGGAUCCAGGAGGUCAGCAGGAGGAAUUAGUGAGCCUUGAGGUGGAUCCAGGAGGAGUUGGCGAGCCUUGA